CACACGAAAGAUGACGCUAUUCCCAAACCUCCUCCCGGUCCUACGGUUCCGAGACAAGGCACAAGCAAAAACCGGAUCACCACCACCACCGGUGCCGCGCAAGCACCAUAUGACACCGAGAAAGCUCGAACGCUAUCUCGACACCGCUCGUCGAAUCGAAGAGCCAAAGUCGCGUGGUGAUGGCCUAUGGAUCUGCUCCUGCGAAUAUGAAAAUACGGUAACGCACUAUGAAGGCUUUUUCCCCUUCAAGUACCUCCAAUGCGGCAGCUGCAAGAAGCAGCUGUGCGAGGUCUACCGCGACUCUACAGAGAUUUUCACACCGCUUCACCCCAGGGCACUUGCGAAUCUUAUCUGGGUCGGGAAGCCGGAUCUCGCGCCGUACUUCCAGGUGUGCACCGGCUGCGGCCUGAGCCAUCGAGCGGAAGUUCGCGGAGAUCGCGUCGAGUUCGACGAUAUGCUUUGUCCUUGCGGUGAAGUCUCUUCCAGUAAGUGGAAGCGCUUUCAUAUCGGCGACGCGAAGCGGUAUCGGAAGGAUCCUUUCGGUAGCUCGGCGAAGCUGUAUAUGAAGCGCGUCGAGAAGCGCGUGGAGGAGUCAGUAGCAAUCUCCAAGGACCGAUCAAACCCAACUCAGCCCAAGGAUAAGGAAGCUGCCCAGCGCGUUCGCAAGCAUAGGGCAAACCAGCGCCCUACUCGACCACCGGCGCGGCGGCCUGGCGCGCCACCAACAGACAGCGUCUUAGGGAAUCGCCCUUUGCGCCCUUAUAUUUCGUUCGAGCCGCCACCGCUUGGCCGGUAUACAAGUGCGUAGAAAUAUUUGAGCGGGUAGGGUAUGAUCAAUGAGGCUUUUAUGAGCGCGGUGACGACGUCGGACGAGUUGUGGGCGUGCUGUAAGAUAAUCUCUGCAAUAGAUAGCCCAAUGAGUCGGCAGUGUACUGUACGCAU